AUGGCGAAGCGCGCGGAGGAGGCCUGGCACUUUUACCAGCAGGGCGCGGCGAAGCUUGAGCAAGACGAGCCUGUGGGUGCCGAGAGCGACUUUCGCGAGGCACUUUGCUUGAACCCUGAUAGUGCUGACGCCCACCAUGGCCUGGGAUGGGCGCUACUGGGUCAGGGUGACCUCGCAGGGGCGGAGAGGAGUUUCCUGGCGGCGCUUCAACUGAGACCCAGUGAGAUCCGCUUCCAUGGAGUUAUCGGCCGCCUCUCGAUCCAGACAAGACAGACAGACCAAUUGCAGACAUGA